UGGCCCUCGGGGGAUCCAAUGGGGAGGCUCACGUCCCCGGCUCCCGGGGGGCUCCGUGCGCCCACGCGGGCGGGGGCCGGGCUUCCUGCGGGAACUCGCCUCAUCCCCGGGCGCCCGCGGUCAGGUGGUUGCCUGCGCGUGGCCGCCGCUCUCCCGGGGCCCGCACCCGCCCGCAGGCUCUCCUCCGCGCGGCCCCCUGGACGGCCCGGACUGCAGCCCCUCCCCCAGCCCGGGCCCUCCGGCGUGGGAGCGGGACUACCUCCCCAGAUGUUACGGCCCCGCCUGAGUGUCUGGGCGCACGGGUGGCAUUCUGGUGGCACGCGGAGACCCACGGUGGAGACCAGAAGGUUGUCCACGUUCUGGCGUGGGCUCAGCCCCACAUGCGGGCGCUGUGAAUCGGGUGUUGACCACCUUCUCCCCCCACCGGCUUCGGCCAGUCACUGGACCCUGGACUUUGACCUGUCUCUCUCCACCAGGCCUGGGCCGCUGAUGGUUUUGGCAAAGUAUCUUAAGGUAGCUGGGCCGGCCCCCUCUUUCCCACCUACCUCUAGUCCUUCCCCCCACACCACCACCAUCCUGGCUCCCCUCCCUCAUGACCGCCUGGAUCCUCCUUCCUGUCAGCUUGUCAGCAUUCUCCAUCACAGGCCUAUGGACUGUGUAUGCCAUGGCCGUGACGAACCGCCACGCAUGCCCUGUGGAGAACUGGUCCUACAACGAAUCCUGCUCUCCUGACCCCAUUGAACAAGGGGGCCCCAAGACCUGCUGCACCCUGGACGAUGUCCCCCUCAUCAGCAAAUGUGGCACAUAUCCCCCAGAGAGCUGCCUCUUCAGCCUCAUUGGCAACAUGGGUGCUUUCAUGGUGGUCCUGAUCUGCCUGCUGCUCUAUGGGAAGCUCCUGGAGCAGAGUCGUCAUUCCUGGGUUAACACCACGACACUCAUCACGGGCUGCACCAAUGCUGCGGGCCUCGUGGUAGUCGGCAACUUCCAGGUGGAUCAUGCAAAGUCUCUGCACUAUAUUGGAACUGGUGUGGCCUUCCCCGCUGGACUGCUCUUCGUCUGCCUGCACUGUGCCCUCUCCUACCAUGGGGCCACUGCCCCCCAAGACCUGGCUAUGGCCUACCUGCGGAUUGUACUGGCAGCCAUCGCCUUUGUCACCCUAAUUCUCAGCGGUGUCUUCUUUAUGCACGAGAGCUCUCAGCUGCAGCACGGGGCAGCACUGUGCGAGUGGGUGUUUGUGAUUGACAUCCUCAUUUUCUACGGCACCUUCAGCUAUGAGUUUGGGGCAGUCUCCUCAGAGACACUGGUGGCUGCACUGCAGCCUGCCCCUGGCAGGGCCUGCAAAUCCUCCGGGAGCAGUAGCACCUCCACUCACCUCAACUGUGCUCCCGAAAGCAUCGCCAUGAUCUGAGGUCUGGGGAGGGUGGCUGGCCCAGCCUCAGCAGCUCCCCACCUCAUAACUUUGCAUUUAUUUUGUACCAAAAACGAUUUUGAGAAAGUAUUCUGCUGGGAUAUAGGCUUCCUUGCUGCUGGAGGAAUGGCCAUCCCACACCCACCUGUGCCGUAGCGGAGCAGGCCUGGCAGCUGCCUGGGCCGCACACAAGCUACUCCCCAACUCCGCAGUGUUGUUUUUAUGUUUAAAGGUCACAUAUCCUCACUCGCCCAGCCAGCCCUUCAGGUGCCUUCUACUCCCCAGUACCAAGGCCACACCACUGGGGUUUUCCUGCUGCAGGAAUUGGGGGCU